AUGAUUCUCACGUUAAAGGCUAUGGGGCUUCAGAGAUGUGUUUUCCUAGGGCCACCGAGGCUGCAAAACUACUUGAAGGCGAUUCGACUCUUUCCUGGGCCCCUAAAAAGGAUGGAUUUAGCUGUGCAGUUGCACACAGAGCCUGAGUACAAGGACGAGACGAUGACAGUCUGCCAAAUACCUCUGACAGGAAAGUCACUAGCUGCUGAAAAUAUGUCGCCUCAGAGUCCUGGAGCAUCAACCCAAGGUGGAAAUAGCCCUAAAGGGGACGCAGGGCCUGGAUCCCCAAGAUCUGCACAGCAAAGCUUGGAGGAGGGCAAGGAAAAAGAAAACUCAAAUAAAAGAGGUAAUGAACAGAAGUGUGCAAGCAGGCAUCCCGAUCUGGUGAUGGCUUUCCUUUGUAAAAUUCACCCAAAGAAGGGCAAAUUCCUGGCAGCUAAAGCGCAGGAGAUGGGUCUGCCAGUGGGAACUCCAGCCAUUCUUCCCAUAAUUACAGCUCUCAAAAAUGGAGAGCGAAUCACUUUUGAAGGCAGAGAGCUCUUUCCUGAAGAACUGUGCACCCCUACUGAUCCUGGCCCGGUGUUCAUUGUGCUGGAGUGUCCUCACGAGGGCUUUGUGGAUGCUGUCUGUGAAAACGAGACCUUCCGAAGGUACCAGGAAGGACUUCCUGAGAACCAGGUGGCCUUGGUUGUUCACAUGACUCCAGAGUCAGUGCUUCGAGACAGCCGUUACCAGCAAUGGCUGGAAAGAUUUGGACCUGGAACUCAGCACUUGGUGCUCAACGAGAACUCCUCUGCGGUGCACAACCCACGCAGCUACAAGAUCCAAACCCAGCUGAACCUCAUCCACCCAGAGAUCUUCCCUCUGCUUACCACCUACCAGAGCAAGGAAGAAGAGGCUGUGUGUAGCGUGCCCAUUGUGCGGGGAGAGUGCCUCCUGAAAUACAACUUCAGGCCCCAACAGGAGUGGCAGAG